AUGGCAACACCACAGCCAGAGACUUCAAUCCCAGCCGGGCCACGACCCCCACGUUCUUCCAGGCCAUCUAGACGCAGAGGGCGGGGUUCUGCGAAGCAACAACAAACACCUGCGGGUGAGCCUCAAAACCAAGCUGCGCCGCAAGCUGUGCCGCAAGUACAGCCUACACAGUCCCAACCACAGCCGAAUACAACACCCCAGUCUAGUCAACAGGACGGACCGUCCAGCUCGCGCAGAGGUGGAAACAGAGAAGGAAGAGGCCGGAGACAAAGAAACAAUGGGCCUCCGCGGCCGGGACAGAGUCGGAAUGAAGGACCUGAAAGCCAAGCAACACGACCAGAGGCGCGAACCCGUGGUAUGCGAGCGCGUGGCUUCGAAGCCCAGUUAACAAGACCAGACCAGGCCGAAAAUGGCCCUCUAUUGGACGGUGCGGGGCAUGCACACGACCAUGAUCACUCACUGCGACCCGAUGUGCCGGAUUUUGUACCAGGCAUGCCGUCAUCUCAACAAGAACAGCCUUCUGAUUCAGCGCCACCUUCAAAAGGGAAAGGGAAAGCAAGGCAGCCUAGGGUACCGCCACCACCUAAAGCGAAGUCCACAGCCGACGACCUAGCUACCCGCAUCCACGAAGACAUUGCGCAUAACCUGUACGAAUGCCCCAUCUGCUGUAGCGAGCUGGGUCGUAGGUCUAAGGUCUGGUCUUGUGAGCUAUGCUGGACUGUUUUCCAUCUAAGCUGUGUCAAGAAAUGGUCCACGAAUGAGGGUGCAGCUGCACAGAGGGCUUCUGCUCGAGAAGACGGGCAAGAAGACCUCACUCCUCGCGCUUGGCGUUGUCCAGGUUGUAACCUUUCUCAACAAAACUUCCCAACGAGCUACUCUUGCUGGUGUGAGAAAGAGAUUGAUCCUAGGCCGCUGCCCGGCUUGCCUCCGCACUCGUGUGGUCAGACUUGUUCGCGGCCUCGCAAGGGUUGUCCCCAUCCUUGUGAUAGGACUUGUCAUGCUGGUCCGUGUACACCUUGUACGGCUAUGGGACCGAUGCAGGAUUGUUUCUGUGGCCUUAAUUCGUCGCAGAAGCGUUGUCAGGAUACAGAUUAUGAGAAUGGAUGGAGCUGUGGCGAAAUCUGUGGUGAGUUGCUGCCCUGCGGGGAGCAUACAUGUCCGCUUCCAUGUCAUGAGGGAUUAUGUGGUGGCUGCGAGGUUAGCAUUGACGCUCGUUGCUACUGUGGAAAAUUGCAGACGGAGAUGUUGUGUAAGUCUAAAGAUGAUGAGAAGGACAGUCGGAUCGUCCGCGAGGAUGGCUCAGAAGAUGAGUGGACCGGCUGCUUUGGUUGUGGAGAGACUUGUAAUCGUCCGUUUGAUUGCGGUAUACAUUCAUGCAAGAAGAACUGUCACCCGCAAGAUCCACACCCUGCGCACUGCCCACAGUCACCAGACGUCAUUGUCAAUUGCGCCUGUGGCAAGACACCAUUAUCUGAGAUCCCGGGUUAUACACCUCGUACCUCCUGCGAAGACCCCAUUUUGAAUUGUCAAAAGCCUUGUGGGAAGACACUGCCAUGUGGUCAUCCUUGCGAGAAGCUGUGUCAUGUUGGAUCAUGUGGCGCUUGUUUGCGCAAUGUUUACAUCAAGUGCAACUGCGGUCGUACUAAUAAUCUGACAAUCUGUCACCAAGGCCAAAAUGAGCCUCCCCAAUGCCCACGCAUGUGCAAGGCGACUCUACACUGUGGUCGACACACAUGCACUGAAAGGUGCUGUCCGGGAGAGCAAAGGGCUAACGAGCGCCAGGCUGCGCGUCGUAAACUCAGGCCCCAUCUCCGCCCUGCUGAGGAGGACAUCGAAGCUGAGCAUAUUUGCACUCGCAUAUGUGGCCGGAUGCUGAAAUGCGGAAGACACACAUGCCCAGAACUUUGCCACAAGGGCGCUUGCAAUACCUGCAGGGAGGCAGUGUUUGAAGAGAUCUCGUGUAAUUGCGGAAGAUCUAUUCUGUAUCCACCGCAGCCAUGUGGCGCAAAGCCACCCGCUUGCAAUUUCCCCUGUGAGCGUCCGAAGCGAUGCGGCCACCCUCAAGCCGCACAUAGCUGCCAUACCGACGAGGAGAACUGUCCCAAGUGUCCAUUCUUGACUGAGAAACCGUGUCUGUGCGGAAAGCGGGUGUUGAAAAACAUACCCUGCUGGCUGACAGAUGCGCGCUGCGGUCAAGUAUGUGGACAGUUGCUCAAGUGUGGCUCUCACUUCUGCCGGAAGGACUGCCAUCGCCCGGAGGAUUGCGAAGACGCAACCAAACCUUGCAGCCAGCCCUGUGGAAAGAACAAGACGAUGUGCGGCCAUCCUUGCACAGAGCAAUGCCAUGCGCCGUACGCAUGUCCCGAGAAGACACCAUGUUCCUCCAAGAUCGCAGUGACAUGUGCCUGUGGACGACUACGACAAGAAAGACGCUGCAACGCCGCGAAGGCCGUGACCUCCAAGGGCCAGCUGCAGUCGCCCCAGCGCCAGCCAGAGUUGACCCCGUUGACCUGUGACGACGAGUGCGCACGUCUAGAGCGGAAUCGCACCCUGGCAGGUGCCCUCGGCGUCGACAUCAACCAGACAACCACGCUUCAAACCAUCACAGCCGAGAACCUUCCCUACUCGGAAGAGACUCUGAACCAAUACGUCCAGCUCGCAUGCUCGGUACCUCUAUCAACUCUCCAGACCUACGAAUCCAACCUCCACUCCCUGGCAGCAGCAGACAAACCCACCCGUUCAUUCCGCUUCCAGCCAGCGAAAUCCACUCUCCGCGCAUACGCCCACUCCCUCGCCGCAGACUGGGGCUUCGUGACAGAAAGCCACGAUCCAGAACCCCACCGCCACGUUUUCGUCUUGAAACCCGUUGCCUGGACACCUCCUUCCUUCGGCAUGGGCAGUGGCUCGACCAUCGGUAUCGGCGGCAUGAGCGUGCGCGAGUGCGUUAAGCUCCGCGAGCGCGAGCGCAGCAAAGAACAAGAAGCGCGUCGUGUUGCUGCACUAGAGGCUAAGGCCACCCGUGAAGCUGCUAAGGCUCAGGCUAGUACUGGAGGCGGUGACGGUGGGUGGGCUCAGGUUGCCUCGAAGAGUAAGGGUGGUAGCGGGGCUAGUUCGAGGACUGGAACGCCCGUUCAGAACUCGUGGGUCAGCAAGUCUAUUUAUGCUGCUCUUGAUGGUGAUGGGGCGAAGAAGGAGCGCGAGCGCUUGGUUCUGAGAUCUGGUGUUGGCGUGGGGAAGUCUUUGCGUGCGAAGACCCCUGCGCCUGAGGUUGUUGAUGAUUGGGAAGAGGCUGAGGAGAAGGAGGAGAAAGAGGAAGCGGGGGAACUGGAACAGGACCAGGAUCGGGACCAGGAAAUGGCUGUCAGUGAGGACCCUGAGGGAAAACCUGAACUUGCUCCUGAGGCUGCUCCUAAGACCGAAGCCCCUACGGAAGCCCCUAUGGGAGCCCCUAUGGAAGAUCGCCCCACUCAGGCUGAGGCAUCUGUUACAAAUGAUGUACCAGUCUAA